AUGUCUAAUUCAGUACUGGCUUGGGCACUUACACUCCUUACCGCCUCAUCAACACUCGUUUCUGGCCUCAAAUACACCGCGAGCGAAGUCGAUUACAACCUCAACCAGAACAGGUUAGCAACGAACCCAUUCCAAUAUACAGGAAAGCGAGACAACCACACAUUUGCGAAAUCACCAGAAAACUGGCGGUUCCCUUACUACACAUUGUUCAUCGACCGUUUCGUCAAUGGCGACCCCGAAAAUGACAAUUCCAACGGCACGCUUUUCGAACAUGAUAUUAUGAGCAACCAGCUUCGCCAUGGCGGAGACUUGGCCGGACUCGUCGACACAUUGGACUACAUAGCGGGCAUGGGCAUCAAGGGAAUCUACAUCGCCGGUUCCCCCUUCAUCAACGAUCCGUGGAAGGCGGAUUCAUACUCGCCUCUCGAUCUCACCCUUCUCGACCGUCAUUACGGCAACAUCACGGCAUGGCAAGAGGCCAUCGACGCCAUUCACGCCAAAGGCAUGUAUGUGGUCAUGGAUCAGACCAUGGCGACGUAA